CGACACCGUUGUGUUUGGGUGCGACCUGAGGCCAGAAAUAAAGCGGUGCGAGUGGGAGGGAGUUGGUUAAGAAGCAUUGAGAGCGUAGUGGAGAGUGGAUGAACAAAAAAAAAAGUGGUGAAAAGCGUCUUUCGUUUGAAAGCAAGCGAGUGGUUUAUUGUUGAAGAAACAAACUCCUCCUUCCUUAUAAAAGGUGUCCAGCUUCUGUUAAUGGAGGGUGCUACUUCAAGAUCUGAUUGAUUUUUAGAAUACGAGUGCGUAACCCACCGACAUUUCCUCCUCUUCCAGUUCUAUAUCCUCCCACUUUAAAUCAUCCCUUUUUCAUCUUCACAUUAUAUCUUUCUCAUCGUCACAUUCAUUUUGAUUCAAUCAAACAUCCAAUUUCACUGCUUCUGUUUGUUUGAAGAAGCUUUGAGCGAGGUUUUGAUUCCGGAAGGUGGGAAAAAAGGUGUUUAUUGUUAGUAACGGUGUAAUUAUCGACAAUCAUGUUCAAGUUAUCGCCUCGUAGUAGGGGAUUGAGGGCGAACAAGGGUUUUAAGGUAAAGCAUGCUUUGCAAUUGAUUUUGUUGUUGGGGAUUGGCAUCUGGCUUGUAUACCAGAUCCAACGCUCGUAUGGUAAGGAAAAGACAUUUGGAGAAGAGGCUAGUAGGAUCUCGGAGAAGGUACAAGAUAGGUUGAGGUUGGGAAGGAAGGAUCUUCCCGAGUUGGAUGAGACGUUGAAUGUGGAUGAGAGAAACAAUGUGGAAGAGGAUGAGGAGAAGAAAAUUGAAAGCGAGGAUGCAAAGUUGGGUGAGAAUGAGGACUUAGAUGGGAAAAUGGAUGAGAAGACUGGAGAAGAUGGUAAGGAUGAGAGCACGGAGAAGCAGAAUGAGGAGGGUAAGGAAGAAAGUGAAGGCGAGGGCGAGAGUAAGGAAGGUGAGAAGGAGAAUGAAAACGUGGAGGAAGAAGGGAAUAAGGAAGGGGGGAAUGAGGUCAAGGAUGGCGGAGAGAACAAAAGUGAGGAGCAGCAAGAAGAGAAUAAGGAGAAGGAAAAUGAAAUGAAGGAAGAGAAUAAGGAGAAUGUUAACGAAAGGGAGGGCCAUGAAGAGAAUGAAAAGGAAAAAGAGAACAAAGAAAAUGAGAGUGGAGUGCAGAAUGAUGGGAAUACGACGGAAGAGAACAAGGAAGCGAGCAAAGAGGGUGGAAAUGAAGAAGGUAAAGAGAGCGAGACUGCACAGAAUGAAGAAGUGAAAGAGGAAAACAAAGAGAGCGAGACUGCACAGAAUGAAGCAGCGAAAGAGGAAAGCAAAGACAGCGAGACUGCACAGAAUGAAGCGGCCAAAGAGGAAAACAAAGAGAGUGAGACUGCACAGAAUGAAGCGACCAAAGAGGAAAACAAAGAGAGUGAGACUGCACAGAAUGAAGCGGCCAAAGAGGAAAGCAAAGAGAGCGAGAGUGCACAGAAUGAAGCGGCCAAAGAAGAAAACAAAGAGAGCGAGACUGCACAGAAUGAAGAAGCCAAAGAGGAGAAAGUAAGUGAGACUUAUCAGAAUGAAGAACCGAAAGUGGAAAGCAAAGAGAGCGAAACUGCUCAAAAUGAAGGUCAAGAUAAGGAAACUACAGAUGGGAGCAGCGAAAAAAAGAAUGAAGAAGCAGAAGCGGAAAACAAAGACACUAAGAUUGAGAAGUCAGGCUCAUCAGACGGUCAGGUCCAAGAUGGAACUAAGAAGGAUGAGCACACUUCAGCUGAAGAGCAGAACAAGGACAAUUCGGAGAGUAGUGAAGGAGAGGAAAACAAAACUCAGAACAAUUCAGAAAAAAGUGAAACUGUAGAGUCUAGUGAAGAUAAGCAAGUAAAUGCCACUACAUUUAGUGAUGAAACAUUUGCCACUCAAAAUCAAAAUGAUGCGGCAUCUAACACAACCAGCCAAGAAGCUAAUUCGAAUCUGCUGGCAGUAUCGGAGAAACUCGAGAAAACAGAAACGGGUACUAGUGACAACCAAUCGGAUUCGAACUACGAUUCUGGUUCUAAGACUGAGGACACAAACAAUGCUGAAGGUGGAGGCUCUUCCACAGACGGAAACACGUCUUAUUCUGAUACAUCUGGUCAUGAGGGUGCAAAUGGUGAGAAUCCAGAGAGAACCAAUGAAAAGUCUUCUGAAACAAAUGGAACAACUGAUUUGAAAAACCAGGAUAAAACUCAUUCUUCCCAAGACUCAAACACUCAUGAGGAGCAGAAAGAGUCAUCCACAAAUUCAGAGGAAAAGAAAGAAGAAACAUCUAAGGCAAAUGAAGAAGAAAAUGCAGAGAAAAAUGAACAAGCUGUUUCUGGCAACACUUCAGGUUCUCAGCAGCACGACGAAUCAUCGAACUCAAAUGAAAUGUCAAAUGUGGAGCAAACUGGGCAAGGGAACACUUUUAACAAUACUGAAUCAGAAGGCCAGAAAGAGGACUCGAUAAAUGUGGAGCACAAUCAUGAAACUGAGAAUGUCACUGAGGAAGUUAAAGAUCGAACUGAUUUAGAUACUCUACCAGAUAGCAGAACUGAUGUGAGCAACAAUGGCGAUGCAAUUGCUUAGUGAGGAAUGGUUUAAGUAUGUUAAAAACGUCUUUUAGUUGUUCCCACUUGAAGGUUGAAUCGUUUUUUUAGUACUCUUUCCUUGCGAAAGGGCUGAAGAAAAAAAAAUUCUUGUAACAGGAGUCUUUCGCUGGGUGUAUUAGUGUUCUAGUGUAUAAAGAUGGUGAAUGGAAGAGUUAAUUGGCUGAUUACAAGUGUAGCUUGUUAUGUAUUUGUUUUCAUGAGAUGCUUCAUAUUUUGUUCUUCGAGUAGGGUUCAUCGUGUGUUAAGCAUUUAUGUAGCUAAGUUGAAGACUUGAAGUAUUCAUUUCAUUUUA